AUGCCUGAGAAGGUAACCUGGAUGAGGAGGAUGAGAGUUCUGCGCCGGCUGCUCAGGGGAAACUGUGAAUCUAAGAUGACUGACCACCACAUGUAUCACAGCCUGUACCUGAAGGUGAAAGGUAACAUGUUCAAAAACAAGCAGAUUCUCAUGGAACAUACCCACACGCUGAAGGCAGACAAGGCUCGCAAGAAGCUUCUGGCGGACCAGGCUGAGGCCCGCAGGUCUAAGACCAAGGAAGCCGGCAAGCGCCCUGAGGAGCGGCUCCAGGCCAAGAAGGAGGAAAUCAUCAAGACUCUGUCCAAGGAGGAAGAGACCAAAAAAUAA